AUGACUCGGGCUGGAGCUCUCCUGCUACUCUGCGCUGCCUUGCUUCUCAUUGCGGGCGGAAAGUGUGAUGACAUCUGUCAGGCCUUGAGGGAUAGCAUCAACCUGUUCAUAUUGGGAAGCCAUGACACUUAUAUAGAACAAGUUGAAAAGUAUAACAAAACCUCUGAUGUACUGGAAACUGCCGAUACCCUGAAGAGCUGUGCUGAUAAGAGUUUGACAGCCAAGGAUAAGCAGGAUGCUCUCAGUGCUCUGGUGGGUCAGGCUAUCUGUGAAUGUGCCUGUGGGGUCUGUGUGGGGGUGAGGGUGUCAGGGGCCUGCUCAGAGCACUGGGAAGUGGGGGGAUCAUAUCCUCUCCACCCUGGCCCUUCCCCAGGAACCUGGGUGCAAAAAGAUCCUCAUGAAUGA